AUGCAGGCCCCUAUUCAUAAAAGACCACUACUACUCUAUUUGGCCACCAACUCGUACGCCAUCGGCGCACUGAUCGCUCAGGAAGACAGAGGUGGUAUUGAGCAGCCAAUAUACUAUGUCAGCCGCGUCUUAAAGGAUGCAGAAACCCGGUACCCAAGGGCAGAGAGAGCAUGCCUAGCCAUUGUAUACGCUUCGCAGAGGUUGCGUCACUAUUUCUUGGCAUACGAAGUGUGGCUGAUGACUAAGUCACAUACCAUUAAAGCUCUGUUACAACAGCCGAUUCUCUCCGGCAAGAUAUCCCAGUGGUUGCUACAAUUAUCACAAUACGACUUAAGAAUGGGGACACCUAGGGCAGUGAAAAGUCAAGUUAUAGCAGAUUUAUUGGCACAGUUUCUAGGAAAGGAAGAAUUUCCACUAGAUGAUGAAGUACCAGGGGAAGUAGCUAUGGCAGAGGAAGUCAGGGAACAGUGGGUAAUGAAAUUUGAUGGGCCUUCUACUACGCAUUCCGGAGGGGUGGGCGUAGUUCUGUAUCAUGAAGAAGACAAGGGAGUGAGACUGUCAUUUAAGCUGGAAUUCCCCUGUUCAAACAACACGGCGGAGUAUGAGGCCUAUCUAACUGGGCUUGCCACAGCUCUCGAAAUAGGAGUCAAACAUUUGAAAGUAUUGGGAGACUCAAACUUGGUUGUCUGCCAGGCUAAAGGAAGUUUUUCCUUAAAGGAGCCUAGCCUAGCCCCGUACAGAGCAAUGGCCCAGAAAAUGGAAGAGAAAUUCUCAACCUUUGAGAUAGAACAUGCCCCGAGAAACAAAAAUCGCACUAAUAUAGAAGUCAGCAAGAGGGAAGAAUCCAUCAUCGAAGUGUUGAAGGAAAAGUUCCGGGAAGAACAGGGCGAAGGGGAUUGGCGAAUCCCCAUAAAGGAAACCCUGGUGAAGGGAGAUGACGUAGCAGAAUUGAAGAUAUUAAAAGACUAUGCCUUGGUGAAAGAAGAGUUGUACCGCAAGAUGCCAGGUGGGAUUUUAUCCAGAUGCGUGGGCCAGGAGGAAGCCCAGAGAAAAUUGAAGGAAAUACACAACAAGACUUGCGGGUCCUGCGGUGAACUUGCGACAGACAAGGAGGAGAGUUAUGCUGUGUUCAUCAGCGAGGAUUGGAGAAGCCCUUUCGUACAGUACCUGGCAGGAGGCAUCCUGCCACAAAGGCACAGUGAAAGAUACAAGCUUAAGAGGUUGGCGACACGUUACUUCUUGCAUGACACGGUCCUUUUCAAAAAAGGAUAUGAUGGAGACCCUUUGAGGUGUUUUGGUCCUGAAGAGGCUAAACAAAUGGUAAAAGAAGUACAUUCAGGGGAAUGUGGUGAACAUCAAGGGAAGAAAAAGCUUUACAGGUGCCUGCUGCAGAUGGGCUACUAUUGGCCAACCAUUAAGAAAGAUGCGGCAGAGUUUGUAAAGAAGUGUCAUAGUUGUCAGUGGGCGGAAGCCGUACCACUCUGUAAGGCCACAGGGGGAGCAGUGGCAAACUUCAUUAAAGAAAAUAUAAUUGUAAGGUUUGGGGUGCCCCACAAGAUCAUCAGCGACAAUGGCACACCGUUUGUCAACAGUGAUGUGAGGAGAAUGCUAGAGUUCUACCAAGUCAAGCACCACAGGUCAUCACCAUAUUACCUUCAAGGGAAUGGGCAGGCAGAGGCAACAAACAAAAUUCUCAUAAAGAUCAUUAGCAAGAUGAGCCAAAAGUAUGCGGGAGGAUGGGCAAUGCACCUGCCAGAUGCUCUCUGGGCAUACAGAAAAUCACCAAAGUCAGCCACGGGCUUUUCACCUUUUUCCCUAGUCUACGGGACUGAAGUAGUGAGUCUGGCAGAAAUAAUGAUACCGUCCCUAAGGGUUAUGCAGAUGUGA